AUGAAAAAGAAAAAAAGGAAAAACAAAACAUAUUCUACAGAAUUAGAAAAAUCAACGCUUUUAAAUACAAACUCAAGUUCAGGAAUUUACUUAGAAAUAUUAAUAUUUAAACUAACUAUAUUUAUAGACAGACUUAAAAAUGAAAUAAAUGAUAUUUUGAAACCUUUAAAAUCAAAAAAAAAUAUAGAAUCUGAAGAUAAACAAGAAUCUAUAAAGCUUAAUACAUAUAAACUUUUUGGAUCAAAAUCCCAAAUAAAACUUAAACGAAAAAAUGAAGAUAUAGAUUUUAUAAAUCUAAAAGAAUCAGCAAAACAUAAAAAAACUGAAGAAGGAUUUACAAUAUAUAACGAAGAAGAACUUAACAUUGGAAAGGGUAAAAAUACACUUAUAUGCCCUUUUGACUGCAAGUGUUGUAAUACAACAGAAAAAUCUUAUCAUUUCUAACAAACUUUCAGGCUAUUAAUAUAUAUUACAUGUCCAC